CUCUGUUGCCCCAUUUCCUCGCGAGCUGGCACCGGACUUCGCUUGCGCCGUGGGAGCAGCGAAAGGGGUCUCUGUAUCUAUCUCUUCAUGUGCCCCGCUAGUAUGCACGAGCACGUCUCGGAGAACGUGAAGCGCUUCGUACCGCCUCCUCCCAGAAAUCGUUCUAUCAAUCGGCGCAGACCCGGAGAUAGAUAUGAUAAAGUGAACUACGCUCAUGGUAUUGAUGAGGAAAAGAGUCAAGAAUUUUAUCCAAGAAAAGUUCCACUGGUAGAACAUGGGGAGGUAGGCGGAAACCGUGUUGCAAAUGAUAACACUCAUCCAAAGUUGAUACCUUUAGAUGGUUGUUCUGCCAGUGAGGCUGUAACAUUUUUAACAGAGCGCUGGGCAGCUGCUGUGCAUUUAUUGGAUAAUUCAUCAGCUGAUGUAUCCGAUGAACAUUUUGGGAGAAUUACAAUGCAAGAUACACAAAUCCAACAGCGAUGUAAGAUCAACCACCUCUGAUGUUAGCUGACUCACAAGAGAAUUUUGUUUGAUAAUUUACUUAAAAAUUUUGAGAAACUCUGUGGGAAGUGUCAUGUCAGCAUUGUAACCUGUAAUAUAACAAUUGGUAUCCAAAUACACACUGAUGUGUUGUGUUAGUACCUAACAGCAUUCUGUAUCAUAGCUAGCAUGAAAUCAGCAUUGUGGAUGUGCUUUACAGUUUCUAAUGCUUUCAUACGCACUAGAUUGUUGGGUUAGUUGGUUAGAUGAGUGUCUUGGAGAGCUUUGUCAUUGGUUGUCUUCUUGGUCAGGCCAUGAAUGAGAUUUUUCUCCAGUAUGCUCUAUAUUAUGGAAUUCAAUUUCGUCUG